AUGUGGAAUCCUAAACCCCUCCUGCUCGUCAUCUCACCCUGCUUAGCGUUAUCACUAUGCAAGGCAGCCGGUAGCGGCGGCAAACCCCUGGUGACCGCCGUCACCAAGGACGCCUCCACCUCCCUCUACACCGCGCCGCUCAAGGACGGCCACCCGCUCGUCCUCGACUUCACCAGCCCGGUCAUCUCCCUGACUACGUGCGCCUCCAAGAACGGCACCCUCGUCACCCUCUCCGCGAACGCCACCGACGGCCAGAACCCGUUGUUCCCGGUCUCCUUCUCCACCGUGGCCUCCUGCACGCCACAGGGAAAGGUCCCUGCCGGUGCCGUCGGCGUCACGGGGCUCGCGCCCUCGUCCCAGUCGUUCCCGGCGCAGGUGGCGCGGACGCAGAAGGUCGCCGACAAGAUCGCGCUCUGCCUCCCGAGCGACGGCAAGUCCACGACCGGCGACAGCGUCGGCGUGGCCAUCUUCCGCGGUGGUCCCAUGUUCUUCAUCCCGCCAGACCGCGGCGACUUCACGACGAUGCUGGCCGGCAAGGCGCCGCUCCACGGGUUCAAUGGCUCCGCCGGGUACUACGUCUCCGCCACCGGCAUCGCCGUAGAGCAGAGUCGCGUCAGCACCUCCGGCUCGUCGUGGCGCUGA